AUGCAACGGUCUGUGUUUUCAGACGAUGUUCUAGGCCUCGCUAUUCCCUUGGUGCCUUCCUGUCUCUGGACCAUUGCGACUACGGCAGCCCUGGAUAUUGGCCCUAUGAGAGACGGAAUCGAGCAUUGGGUUUCCAUAGGCAGCAUUAGAAAGCCUUCUUCCCCCGCACUCGCUGCACGGCGGGCGUCGUGCAACCCCGACCCCGUUACCGGCAGUGGAGGGGGUUUUGACACCGCAGCGACCGGCCGGCGGCUCGUCUCUCUUGACACGCUCGGCCUAUGGAAGCUGCCGAUCAUCAUCCCAAUGCUGCAUCACACCAUAUCGAAAGCUGCAUGUGUCUUGUUCUGGGGCGAUGAUCGGGUCCGGGGUAGGUGGCCCUUUUCUUCGGGAACUAAGGAGUUGAGGAGGGGUGUUUCCGUCUGUCAAGCUUUACUCGAAAUUAGUCAAGUACCUUUAAUCAGGAGACUCGGCCCGGCUAAUGAUGGUCUCCUACUCCGGGCUCAGACGGACGAGCACAUCAUCCCAUCAUCCAACCUUCUCUGCGAAAAAGCUCCGGCCUUGCCGAGCCCUCCCUCUCUUUUUCAAACUUUUCCCUGGGCUACCGGUAUACUAGAAAAAGCCAACGACGAGUUGACGGAAAUCCCGCAUGUCCAGCCGGUUGGAGAGACGGGUGAGAUGCGCUGCCACCGUCAUUGGGCGUUUCCUUAG